AUGAGUGUGAAAGAGAAUCGAAGAGGCACCAGAGUUUCCCGUGCUCACUACGACGAGGACGAACUACAAUCCGCUGCAAACAUGAGUCUCGUUGCAGAAGGACAUUUCAGAGGCAUGAAGGAGUUACUCUCCAGCAUGGACCUUGACACCGACGCAAAUACUAUCCCGGAGCUCAAAGAACGUGCUCAUAUGCUCUGCGCUCGUUUCCUGGGCGGAGCAUGGAAAACUGUUCCAUUGGAGCAUUUGCGUAUCAGCCGUAUUAAGGGUGGAAUGAGCAAUAUGCUCUUCUUGUGCCGAUUGUCGGAGGUCUAUCCACCGAUUCGCAACGAGCCGAACAAGGUGCUUCUCCGUGUCUACUUCAACCCGGAGACUGAAAGCCACCUCGUCGCCGAGUCUGUCAUUUUCACGCUUCUCUCCGAGCGCCACUUGGGUCCAAAACUUUAUGGCAUUUUCAGUGGCGGACGUUUGGAGGAGUACAUUCCGUCUCGUCCAUUGUCGUGCCACGAGAUCUCGCUGUCUCACAUGUCGACGAAAAUAGCAAAGCGUGUUGCCAAGGUUCACCAAUUGGAGGUUCCAAUCUGGAAGGAGCCAGACUACUUGUGCGAGGCUCUUCAGAGAUGGCUCAAACAACUCACUGGAACUGUCGCUGCCGAGCAUCGCUUCGAGCUUCCAGAAGAGUGCGGAGUUUCCAGCGUCAAUUGCAUGGAUCUAGCGCGCGAACUCGAGUUCUUGCGUGCUCACAUCUCGCUCAGCAAGAGUCCAGUGACAUUCUGUCACAACGACCUGCAAGAAGGUAACAUUCUUCUACCAAAGGCGUCUUCUGGAAAUAUCCGUAUGCCGUCGUUGUCGGAUGAGAUCCAAGCGCUUGGAAAUAGCCUUUCGGCUUUCAACCCAGCCGAUCCUCGUCUUGUGUUGAUCGAUUUUGAGUACGCCAGCUAUAACUACAGAGCAUUCGAUUUUGCCAACCAUUUCAUUGAAUGGACCAUCGACUAUGAUAUCCAAGAGGCUCCAUUCUACAAGAUUCAACCGGAGAACUUCCCAGAGGAUGAACAGAUGCUCGAGUUCUUUGUCAACUAUCUUCGUGAGCAAGGGAACACUCGUGAGAACGAACUCUACAAGAAAUCCGAGGAGCUUGUCCAAGAGACGCUUCCAUUUGUUCCAGUCUCUCAUUUUUUCUGGGGCGUCUGGGGAUUGCUUCAAGUUGAACUUUCUCCAGUUGGAUUUGGAUUCGCGGAUUACGGAAGAGAUCGUCUCUCGCAAUAUUUCAAGCACAAGCAGCUUCUCAAGAAUCUUGCUCUUCACCAUUGA